GGAAGCGCCCGGAGAAAAGAGCAGCAAGAUGCCAACUCAGAUGAGAAAAAUCUGGAAACAAAUCUGGGGGGCGCUGAGCUAUUUCACAGGAGACAUGCAAGCAUUUGGAGACUGGUUGAAAGAUAAGUCUCUGGUGUUCCAGUUCAUUGACUGGGUUCUGCGGGGCGUGUCUCAAGUGAUGUUUGUCAGCAACCCUCUCAGUGGGCUGAUCAUGGUUGCUGGAUUCCUGGUCCAGAGCUUCUGGCUGACCCUCACCGGGUGCUUAGGAGCCAUCGUCUCAACCUUAACAGCUCUUCUUCUGAGCCAGGACAGAUCAGCCAUAGCGGCCGGACUCUACGGCUACAAUGGGGUCCUUGUGGGAAUGCUCAUGGCCGUCUUCUCAGACAAAGGCGAUUAUUAUUGGUGGCUUUUGCUUCCGGUGGUUCUCAUGUCCAUGACAUGCCCUCUUUUCACCAGUGCGUUGGGCGCCGUCUUUAGCAAGUGGGACCUGCCGGUUUUCACUCUCCCCUUCAACCUGCCGCUGACUCUCUUCGUCGCAGCUACUGGCCACUACAACCUGUUCUUCCCGACGACUCCCAUUCAACCCAUAACUUCGGUGCCCAGCAUCAAUUGGUCAGAGAUCCAAGUGCCUUUGCUAUUCCAGUCGAUCCCCGUAGGAGUCGGGCAGGUGUACGGCUGUGAUAACCCUUGGACUGGAGGCAUCAUUAUGGUGGCUUUGUUUAUCUCCUCCCCGCUCAUCUUCGCCCACGCUGUGAUCGGUUCAGCGGUGGGAAUCCCUGCAGCCCUGAGCGUGGCUACUCCUUUUAACAAAAUCUACGCAGGUUUAUGGAAUUACAACAGCUGCCUUUCAUGCAUUGCGAUAGGAGGCAUGUUCUAUGCCCUCACUUGGCAGACCUUUGUCUUGGCGAUUGUUUGUGCUCUGUUUACUGCCUACGUGGGAGGAAUGCUGUCCAAUAUGUUUUCUGUGUUUGGACUGCCCUUGGGGACCUGGGCUUUCUGCUUGUCUUCUCUCACCUUCCUGCUUCUCACCACCAACAACGAUGCCAUCUACAAAUUGCCUCUCUCCAAAGUCACGUACCCAGAAGCCAACCGGGCUUACUACUUGGCCGGAAAAGGAAAAGAACCAAAAUCUACCUGCAAUGUGUAACGGGUUAAAUCCAU